GCGCUCCGGGGCCUGGAUUGCGGCGGCGGGUGGCGGGCGGCGGGCGCGCACUGUCGGGAUGGAGGGCGAGCUCCCCGCGGCUCCCGAGCGCUCCGCGGGCCUCCCGGCGGGGGACGGCGGCGGGGACAGCCCCUCCGCCCUGCUGCCGGCCGAGGUGCUGGACCUGGACGGGGACGAGGACGACCUGGAGGUGUUCAGUAAGGAUGCCUCACUGAUGGACAUGAAUUCCCUCAGCCCUACAAUGCCAACGUCCCCUUUAUCCAUGAUCAACCAGGUCAAGUUCGAAGACGAGCCAGACUUGAAAGAUCUCUUCAUCACGGUGGACGAGCCCGAGAGCCACGUCACCACCCUCGAAACCUUCAUCACCUACAGGGUCGUUACCAAGACGUCUCGUGGGGAAUUUGACUCCAGUGAAUUCGAAGUUAGGAGGCGGUAUCAAGAUUUCCUCUGGUUAAAAGGAAAGCUGGAAGAGGCACACCCGACUCUGAUCAUUCCACCAUUGCCAGAAAAGUUCAUAGUGAAGGGGAUGGUGGAGCGCUUCAACGAUGACUUCAUCGAGACGCGCCGGAAGGCACUCCAUGCGUUUUUGAACCGAAUUGCCGAUCAUCCCACUUUGACAUUCAAUGAAGACUUCAAAGUUUUUCUUACUGCACAAGCGUGGGAGCUGUCUUCUCACAAGAAGCAAGGGCCUGGGCUCCUUAGCAAGAUGGGGCAGACAGUCCGCGCGGUGGCCUGGUCGGUGCGAGGGGUGAAAAGCCGCCCCGAGGAGUUCACGGACAUGAAUGACUUCAUCGAAACAUUCAGCCAGAAAAUAAACUUAAUAGACAAAAUAUCUCAGAGGAUUUACAAGGAGGAACGGGAAUACUUGGACGAAAUGAAGGAAUACGGCCCAAUUCAUAGUCUGUGGGCGGAGUCCGAAGAAGGUCUGGCUGACACCCUGAGCGGGGUGGCCAGCUGCCUGGCCCGGUGCUGCACCGCCACCGAGAGGCGACUGUUGGGACUGCCAGAGGCCCUGCUCCCGGUCGUGCACGAGUACGUGCUCUACAGUGAGACGUUAAUGGGCGUCAUGAAAAGAAGAGACCAAAUACAAGCAGAACUGGACUCCAAAGUGGAAGCCUUGACCUAUAAAAGGGCAGAUACGGACCUGCUCACAGAAGAGAUCGGGAAACUGGAGGACAAGGUGGAGUGCGCCAAUAAUGCGCUGAAGGCAGACUGGGAAAGGUGGAGACAGAGCAUGCGGAAUGACAUCAGGUCGGCGUUCGAGGACAUGGCCGAGCGGAACGUCCAGUAUUACGAACAGUGCCUCGCCACGUGGGAGACCUUUCUCGCAUCGCAGAGCGACCUCUCCUCCAAAGAGCCCUGCGAAGAGAAUCCUUGACCCCGUGGAAACUUCCGUGACCUUUGGGUGGGAGCACGGAUUAGCCACAGUCAUUGUUUCCGGGUGGGUCGUGUCCUUGACAGAGUGGGCACAAGAUGUUUCAUGCUAUCUGGAAAACCAACAGGUUGAAGCUCAGGUAUUCCAGAUCACUGAUACAAAUUGGGAUAUCUAUAUAUCUAUAUAUCUAUAUAUGCAUAUAUGUAUAUGUAUAAAUAUUGGACUUUAGUUUUAAUUAUGUUCUCCAGUUUGUAUGCCAAUAAUGAACUAUAGAAAUUUCUUUCUUGCGUAAUUGUCUGUGGGACAUGUCACUUUAAAUAAAUUAUAAAGACUCGAUUUUAAUAAAAAGUUUCG